AUGGUAAAUAUACACGAUGCAAGUUUUACACGUCCAUCCACGAGGCGUGGAAAUAAACACGCCUCGGCCACGCUCGUGGAAGACGGAAACAGCUGCUCCCGCCAUCCUCCCGCCCUGCUCCCGCCAUCCUCCCUCAUCCGUCUAGAGGCCAUCGAAGCUCGCCGGCGACCACUCCCCUCUGAGAGGAGGCGCGGGACGUCGGGCGGCCGCCGCACCGCUGGCCAGAUCUGGCUGGAGCGUAAUGCUAAUGCAAUCAAUUGCCGUUACACAUUGAUUAACAAAGAGACAGCUAGAUUUUGUGGUUGCCUUCAGCAGAUUUUAAAUAGGGAAGAAAACGGAAGGACUAUAGAAGAAAAGACAAACGAUGCACACAUUAUGUUCAAGGAAAUGGAUCUUAAAAAGAAGAAGCCUUUCAUAUUGAUGCAUUACUAUGUCGAGCUUUCGAAGUAUCCAAAGUGGCAGGCAAAAGAACUUGAAACUUCUCGUAAGAAACAAAAGAAGACCGUUGGUGCAAGUCCGGGCACAUCCACCAAUGAUCUAGCUGAUGCAUCCACGAUACGCACUGAUGCUACCUCGAUACACAGGGAUGCUCUUGAACAUGAGCAAAGACCUGAUGGUGUGAAGAAGGACAAAUUGCGGAAAGGUAAAGCUGAUGACAGUGCUUGCAAGUUGUCAUUAGAAACUGUGUGGGCAGCAAAGCAAGAAAAGGAUGACAUCAAAGAGGCGGCAAAAAAUGCUCGCUAUGCACAACAAUUUGAAUUGCGAAAAGAGGAGAUUGCACUGAAAAAGAAGGAGGAUGCACGAAACGAGAGGGAGGAUGCACGAAGACAGUUUGAAUUAGAUGAGAGGGUCAUGCUCAUAGACACUAGUGGUAUGACUUAUAUGCAAAAGCAGUUCUACCAAACUAAGCAGAAUGAGAUCCUUGCUCGUCGCCUAGAGUAAGAACUAUUUGAUGCUUUAUCCUAGUUGUUGUAAGAACUAUUUGAUGCUUUAUCCUAGUUGUUGUAAGA